AUGCCGGGCGUGGGAAUGGAACCCCCUCCCCCACCCAGCCAAGGAGAGCCGCAAUUUGGGCCAGGCCGAAGCGACUUCGCUAACGGUCCUCCACAAUCAAAUUUUCAGCCGGAACCACUGGACCAACCCCCUCCCCCACCCAGCCAAGGAGGGCCGCAAUUUGAGCCAGGCAGAAGCGACUUCACUAACGGUCCUCCACAAUCAAAUUUUCAACCGGAACCACCUGGUAAACUCACAAACUUUCGCCCACAACAAGGAGCGCCGAUGCAGGCAGAUUUUGGUGGAGGAAGUCCUUUUGAUAAUCAAAACCGACCACCGCCUGACUACGGUAAUAUGGGGGAUUAUGAUGGGGACGACGGUGCUGGUCCGGCCGGUCCUCUGUCUCGAUAUUUGUCCCCGUUGAGAAGAUUCUUUAAUCCGAUCACAAGACAUCAUUUUGUACAUUCUGACCCAGUUGUCAUGAUGAGAAACAUCGGUGGAACGGGAGCACCCACGCAUUUCAUCAUUCCAGUGCCAACGUAUAACAGAAACCAAGAAGUAAUUGAUCAGCUUUGCCCGUUCUUGGUUCGAUUGCAUAGUAUGAAGAUGGGUGGAGCUCAGCUACUUGUCCUCGAAUCCAUUCCAACAUCGACGUGGGAAAAUGAUGGGAUGGCGAGACAACGCUCCAGCGGGAAUGUGUUCAAAAGUCAGAGGCGCCUGUGGAGC